AUGGUGUUCAGAAUCUCACGCGCUCAGCGCUUGAUGGUGGUGGUUGGUAUCUCUUCGGUCUUUUUCGUGGCCGAGAUCUCCGUUGGCUUCUAUACACAUUCCCUUGCUUUGGUGGCAGACGCAUUCCACUACUUGAACGAUCUCGUCGGGUUUAUUGUCGCCCUCGUGGCUCUCAAGGUGUCCGAGACAGAUGACUCGCCCAAAGCCCUCUCCUUCGGGUGGCAGCGAGCACAAUUGCUGGGUGCCUUUUUCAAUGGAGUCCUUCUCUUCGCGCUUGGGAUCAGCAUUUUCUUGCAGGCCAUCGAGCGGUUUGUCGCGAUUCAGCGCGUGGAGAACCCCAAGCUCAUGUUCAUAAUGGGAGCUAUCGGGCUGGUCCUCAAUCUCGUCAGCGCCACGUUUCUCCACGCUUCGAAUGGACAUGACUUGGGGAUGUUGGGGGUCUUGCUUCAUGUCAUAGGUGAUGCGGCCAACAACCUUGGAGUGAUGGCUGCGGCCUUGGUCAUCUGGCUCACUCACUAUGGAGGGCGAUUCUAUGCAGACCCUGGCACAAGCAUGGGAAUAGCUGUGAUGAUUAUGCUGUCGUCAGUCCCGCUCGUACGGCGGUGUGGGAUCAUUUUACUAGAAAGCGCGCCCAGUGGCGUCGAUCUUGAGGAUGUGAAGCAUGAUCUGGAAAAGAUCCCCGGAGUUUUAUCCAUCCAUGAGCUACACAUCUGGCGACUCAACCAGCAUAAGGCGCUCGCAUCGGUGCAUGUGAUGGUGUCGGACUACUCGGUACCGAAUUUCCUGAGGCUGACCAAGACGAUCAAUGAGUGUUUCCACGCAUACGGCAUUCAUUCCACCACGCUUCAGCCGGAGCUGGCACGGCCGGGGACGACCACGGCGGACAUGCAGAUCACCGAGGUAGAGGGAUUUGGUGAAUCCAAGGAAGCCUCUGAGAAAUGUCAGGUGGCGUGUGGCACAUUAUGCGAGGAAUUGACCUGCUGUGGAUAG